AUGAUCGCCGCUCUUCUUCUCGUCAUCGUUGCCGUCUCCGAUAUUGUAAAUGCCGCCCCACAACCACCCACUUCAUGCGCCAUUGACGAGCGCGCCCAGAUCCCAUGUGUCUGCUGUAAGAAGGAUUGUUGGUAUUCCAUCGCAGCGGCUGCCACACACGAGCUUGGACACAUGCCAGGAGAAGCUGGAGAACGUGAAGCCAUGGCCACAUUGAGACUGAUCCGCGCAUGCAUGAUUGCUGAAUGUGCUCAAGUCUGCUCUGCUUCGCCAUUCUGA